GAGCAUGGGAUCGACUGGGCCGGAAGCUACCACGGGGACAGCGCCCUGCAGCUGGAGAGGGUCAGCGUGUACUACAACGAGGCCCAUGGUAGGACUUCACUGUCGGCCCCCGUCACCAGCCCCAGGGACGCGGCAGAGAGAGGAGGUCCCGCGAGACCAGGACGCCAGAUGGGGGAUGUCCCGAGUGACCGAGGGCAGGACUGGCCACUGGAGGGUCACUGGUCUCUGGUCACUGGAGGGGGGCACGCUCUCAACACAAGCAGCUUAGGCCCCGACCUUCCUUUCUGGGUUUUAUUUUAUUUAAUGAAUUAAUUUAUUUUUUAAUUUUUAAAAAAUUUUAUUUCAGCUGCGCUGCACAGCCUGUGGGACCUUAGUCCCCCGACCAGGGAUUGAACGCGUGCCCUCGGCGGUGAGAGCACGGCAGUCCUAACCCCUGGAUCACUGGGGAAUUCUCCCUUUCUGGUUUUUAAAUAAAAAGUAGGAUCAUUUCCAAUAUGAACAAAAUCCCUGUCACUGGCAAGACAACAAACAAAACGGACAACGAUGGAAAAAGAUAUUUCCGCAGCAUUCUACAGAUUUGUGUGACUGCUGUUGCAGUCCAAGAUAUGAUUUCCAGUCUCUCUAUCAAAGACACCUUCUAGGAGGGCUUUUUUCUUCUGGAUCCGUGUCACAAGGUUCUGCUCUGAUGAAACAUUAACCUUUAGAAAAACGGCAGUUGGCUGACUUCUUCGUAUUUUUCCACGUAGGUAAGAAAUACGUGCCCCGAGCAGUCUUGGUGGACCUGGAACCUGGGACCAUGGACAGCAUCCGAUCCAGCCGACUGGGGGCCCUCUUCCAACCGGACAGCUUUGUCCACGGUAACUCUGGGGCCGGCAACAACUGGGCCAAGGGCCACUACACGGAGGGGGCCGAGCUGGUGGAGAGCGUGCUGGACGCAGUGCGCGCCGAGGCCGAGGGCUGCGACUGCCUGCAGGGCUUCCAGCUCGUGCACUCGCUGGGCGGGGGCACGGGCUCGGGGAUGGGCACGCUGCUCCUGGGCAAGAUCCGCGAGGAGUACCCCGACCGCAUCCUCAACUCCUUCAGCGUGAUGCCCUCGCCCAAGGUGUCGGACACGGUGGUGGAGCCCUACAACGCCGUGCUGUCCCUCCACCAGCUCCUGCAGAACUCGGACGCCUGCUUCUGCAUCGACAACGAGGCCCUCUAUGACAUCUGCUUCCGCACCCUCCGGCUGGCCACGCCCACCUACGGCGACCUCAACCACCUGGUGUCCCUGACCAUGAGCGGCGUCACCACGUCGCUGCGCUUCCCGGGCCAGCCCAACGCCGACCUGCGCAAGCUGGCCGUGAACAUGGUGCCCUUCCCGCGCCUGCACUUCUUCAUGCCCGGCUUCGCGCCGCUCACGGCCCAGGGCAGCCAGCAGUACCGCGCGCUCUCGGUGGCCGAGCUCACCCAGCAGAUGUUCGACGCCCGCAACACCAUGGCCGCCUGCGACCCCCGCCGCGGCCGCUACCUGACCGUGGCCGCCAUCUUCCGGGGGAAGAUGUCCACCAAGGAGGUGGACGCGCAGCUGCUCGCCGUGCAGACCAGGAGCAGCAGCUGCUUCGUGGAGUGGAUCCCCAACAACGUCAAGGUGGCCGUGUGCGACAUCCCGCCCCGGGGGCUGAGCAUGGCGGCCACCUUCAUUGGCAACAGCACGGCCAUCCAGGAGCUCUUCGGCAGGGUUUCUGAGCACUUCUCGGCCAUGUUCAAGAGGAAGGCCUUCGUGCACUGGUACACGGGUGAGGGCAUGGACAUCAAUGAAUUCGCCGAAGCCGAGAGUAAUAUCCAGGAUUUGGUGUCCGAGUACCAACAGCUUCAAGAUGCCGAAGCAGUUCUGGAGGAGAAGGAGGAGGUCGGGGGGGAGGCAGAAACGGAGCCAGGAGAUCAGGGACGUUAACCACGAGAGCCGCUGUGUGAGGCUGGCCGCGGCGUGGAGUCACGUCCAGUGUUCUCACCUGGGACGAGUGAGUCCCCCCGGCCGUCCCCGGCCGCUUCCGCACCGCAGCACCGCGACCCACACGCAGCCACCCAGUAUUAGCUUCGACACAGGACUGCGCGGGUGGGGAGGUACGGGUGGGCAGUAGGGUCUUCUGCUGGCACCGACUAACCUUGAAGAGCUCCAUAUUCCCUGCCCACUCGAGUCGCUGCUUUUUAAUAGCCAGGUGAAUUUAUGGUAAAGCGCUCCCUCUGUUUAAAGAUCUGGACUGGCUAUUUGCUGUAUGCCUAGCACCGCGCCAGGCAUCAGGGCUCCACGGGUGGACGCGUGGGGAGCCACUGCAGUUGAGGUUAAAUUGUAAACGCUUUAGCUAUGCUGGUAAGCGUCCCGGAAUCUGUACCUGGCAUCCCGGGCUGCUAAGGCUCUUCCUGCAGGUUCUCUCUUAACUUGCUGCCCGCAACCCACCUGCUCACACCUGCCGGCCUCCAGAAAAGCCAGGUGACUGCUUGGUGUGCGGGAGGUUCGCGGGGGUAAAUGGGCUUCAGCGUCCACCAGUAAAUUGUGGAGACCGUGUGUACGUUUCAACGUACCAACUGCAAAGGGCAAAAGGGAGGAAAGGAGAGUGGCAUUCCUUCCCACAAACACCCGGGCAAAAAAAUAAAAACCAAAAACCAAAAAACGACAAGCAAAACUCGAGAACUCCAAUCCUCUGAUCUUUAUGUCUGAAGAGCUAGCUUUUAACAUACGUGUAUUUACAUACUUUUAAGUUUCUUAUUAAUGUUUGAUUCUGGGAAUUCAUUAAUCAUCAUCUUUGGUUUUCCUCGUAAAGGCUAUUUCGAAAUGUCCUCUUUCACUUUCAUGUGGCGAUCACCUCCGGAAAGCUCUCUGUAGCCGCUCUGUUUUUUAAAAGGCCACAGGCGCGCUCGGCAACCAUUCAAACGGAGGAAUUAAGCAGCGGUGGCUGCAGUGUCCUUUGCGGUUAUGGAGGACAUCGUCUCAUUAGGGAACUUUUACAGUUCAAAUUAAUUUGCAGAAGUUGCCAUAAAUGUUUGCAUGAUGAUGCAGCUUUAACCAUUACAUGAUUUUAAUCUGCUCACAUUACAACAGGACCAGAUACACAAAAGUGUAAUCAGAUCAUCCAUAACUUCUUAAUUACAGUUUACCUAUUCCUGACAUACAGCACUGCCAUCCCUUCCAGCGCCGUAAGGGUUUUAAUGGCCUUCUAGAAUUACCAGGGAGCUGUCCUAUUUGAUCCAUGGGUAGCUGGUCACAGGAGGAAAUAUUUACUUGCCGGCAACUGGAUUUGCUCUGUAAUCUGCAGUAAUGAGGCAGCCGGUGAAUGGGUGACAGCAGCUCAUUUUGAGAAACUUCAUUCUUUUCAUGUAUGUCUCAUGAGGAAAUAACUAAAACAUGUACCAAGAGAAAAUUAAGUCUUGCUGUCGGUAUCAUGACAAGUCUUCUAUUUCCAGAAUUACAAAAUAAAUAAAUAAAUAAAUACCUUCUACUUGUGGUUCAAAAAGCACUAAAAACAAAAGUAGAUUUAAACGUAGAUUUAAGGAACUGCACCUAAACUACUCCUAGUUUGAAGUUCGUAACUUCCUUAGAUGCUAAAAAGACUUAUAACAUGCGAUUACAUAAGAAUUUACACACAUGAUUCCUCUAUCACUUUUUUUCACUUUCUCAAAUCUAAAAAGGCAAUUAAAUAGAUGCAAGAAAGGACAAAGAUCUAAAUUAAAAAAAAACCUUGCUGAUUUAUAUCACUGUAAAGAUUUUUGUUUGCUCAACAGUAAUCGUUACAAUAAAAGAAAUACAAUUUUAAAUGGCUAAAUUGCUUUAUUUCAGACUAAAUAAAUUCCUUUUCUUGGAAUUCUAACCGUCCAGACUGAUUAAUGUGAGUAGUUAAAAAUAUUUUCAGAAUGCAUCUCACCAUCCUACUCUUUCAUAUGGUAGAAAUAGAUUAAAAAAAAAAAACAAAAAAACACUAGAAACCAAAAGAAAUCUGUCCCCUUUGAUUCUGAAGAGCCUAUUCCUUUAGCUGUAUGGUUGCUACAGCGACAUUGGUCUCUCGGAGACCAAGAAGGUAGAAUCAGAAUUUUAGAGCUUGUCCAGUUCCUUCACUUCACACCAAGAACACUGCCUGAGUGAAGAGACUGAAUCCCUCACAAAUCAUUCAGGUGGUUAGUGAAAUACCCACAUCAAGAUCUGAUCAGGGACCCCUGGUAAUCUGGACACAGUGGUCCUGGCAGCCCCCAGCAGGCCAUGAGGCAGGGCAUCACGAUAUCGGUUCCGGAUUUUUUAAUCACAGAGAAAGAGCCUCAAAGAAUCUU